UCGUGUCCAAUUCUGUGGGCAUUUUAAACGCAAUUUCAAGGUUAAACACUAAAAAGCCACCAGUAACACACACGAACCACAGUGCGACACAUGUCAGUUGUGUUUCGUGGAAAUAAAUUGAUUCAUCAACGAAUUAAGUCCAUAUAUUGAAUAAAAAAAUACACAUUUAUCAUGGAGAAGGCGAACGUUGAAGGAGACCUUGUUGAGGAGCAGCAGUUUGUUGUGGAUGAUGUCAGUAAGAUAAUCAAGGAUGCCAUUGAAAACGUUGUUGGCGGUAAUACCUACCAGCAGAAUAAAGUCAACGGUUGGACGACGGGAGUGGUUGAGGCAUGCACAGCAGAUUUGACAAAACUGAUGAAACCAUAUAAAUAUAUUGUGACUUGCACCAUUAUGCAGAAGAAUGGUGCUGGUCUGCAUACUGCGAGCUCUUGCUAUUGGGAUGAUAACACAGAUGGUAGCUGUACAGUGCGCUGGGAGAAUAAGACUAUGUUUUGCAUUGUAUCUGUUUAUGGGUUAGCAAUUUAAUUUUUCAUUAGGAAUUCAAUUUACUUCAAGUGAUGUCCAGCACUACUAUUAGACUAAUAAUUACAGCAAUUAUUUAUUUGUAAUUUUUAAUGCACAGUAAUACAUAUUUUGUUAAAUAAAUGCAAGGAUUAAUUAGGUGUAA